CACAUCGAAGACAGAGGAGGAAGUGGAAACAGAGUGAAAGACAGAGAUUACAGUGACAUUAUAUCAAACAAUUAAAACAUAAAGAUGCCGUUGGAGUAUUUCCUCUUUGGGCUGAUAACCUUUCUUCUGACAGGGGUGGAGUGUGAGGAAACGGAGGUGUUUGUUGAAGCAGGCUCUCAGGCUGUGUUACCCUGUAAAGGAAGCCCUUCAUCCAGCGUUAUUCCAGAGAUAAUCUGGACUAAAGCCAACAAAGGCACAGUGUGGAGAAAAGACAGGAGCGGUCUGCAGUACUGGGGCUCCAGCUGGACCUCUAACGGCGUCAGACGCGUUCAGUGUCCUCACUCCCGCUUCGAGAGAAAAGACUUCAGCCUGCAGAUCAAUAACGUGAGGACGGAGGACGGGGGGGGGUACUCCUGCAGGGUGAUGCACGGAGACCUGAUCACUGAAAGAUUGAUCAUGCUGAGAGUCAUUAAAGUGUCCCUCUCCUCCCCGAUGCCCCUCUGGGGGAGCGAUGCCUCGAUCAGCUGUGAUGUGACCCCUUGGCCUCGAGGAGCCUCUCUGCAGUGGACGCUGAACGACAGAACCUUUGAUCCUCAGUCUGGAUCAGACACAGAUCAACGUGUUGUGAGGGAAAAGGCGACUGUGAGACUGACGGGAAUCUGGACCUGUGUGGUGGGCUUCAGGGGGAGAGAGGGGAGAGCGUCUGCAGCUCUGAAUGUGAAGGGAAUCAUCCACCCAUCCACAGACGGCACUAAACUGUACGCUGCAGUGGGGUCUGCAGUCUCUCUCCCCUGUGUUUUCUCCUCCGGUCUGACCCCCUCUGAUCCGGUCUGGGAGAAACUGAAACCUGGAUUUAUUUUCAAACCUUCCCCCGGUCGCCUUCCUGCUUCUUUCUCUCCGUCCUCGUCCUCUUCUCAGCCUCUCAGCGAUAAAUCUGCCAGUCUGACAGAAGUUGAGGUUGGGGAUGAGGGUCGCUACAGAUGCUCUGGUACUCUGGACGGACAACAGCUGACCCGAAAUAUGCAGCUAGUUGUUGCUAAAAUCAUCAGCAGCCCCCCGACAAAGACCUCUGUGACGCUGACCUGCGAUCUGACGGACAGCAGCGAGGUCACCGACUACGAGUGGGUUCAAUUGAUCUCUGACCUCAACGGCAGCCAAUCGGUUCAGUCCGUUCAGAAGGGAAUCUCUCUGAGUAUAAACACCAUGUCCGAGGAGAGCCAGGGGGAAUGGGCCUGCCUGUUCUACGGGAAACACGGCAUUCUGGGAAAUGUGACAUACCACAUCCACACGAUGAGCGCUCUGAGUGGACAUACAUCUCCGGGGUCCUCACAGAACACGGCUGCUGUGGUCGGCCUCGGCUUCCUGCUCCUUGUUCUGCUGCUGAUCCUGGCUCAGGUGUACAAGAACCACCAACGGAGGAAAAGGAUCUUUCAGUUUCCUGCGCUGGAGACAAUUGUUCACACCAACUCUAAUGAGCGGGAGGAGAGAGAAAGAAACCAAGAGAAGAAGUGAAGACACCUUGAAGCGGAGGAAGACACAGAAACUGACCUGAGAUCU